CGCGGCUUCGACCGAUUAAACUCACGUUGGAAUAAUAUGUAGCGCUUCGGCCGCUAAUGUAAUCGAGGGAUGCACGAGAAACUAGAACAAGCUUAUUAUUGAUCAUUGAAUAUAAUCAAGCGUCUUUAACAGAUAUCAAGCGUGCUAAAGAGUGGAUUUGUGGCUUUAAUGUUGGUCUGAUUCUAACGGAAGUUUAACAAGACAAGAAACGCAGGAGGAAAUCCAACACGGCGAGCUGCUUCCAUUAAUUUCCACUGAGCUUACACACACACUGUUGUUGUGAUUUAAGUUCUCUGAACAGUCGGCAUCAAUGGAACCACUACGUGAACACCGAUCAGAUUCAACCUUGUUAAAGAUCAUCAGACACAUGGAUUGCUCUAUCAAGAAACAUUGUUAAUGUGGAUAAAGGUAACAGAGCAUCUCGAUAUCGGAGCAAAGGAUCCAUAGAGGAAUUUCAUAGGGGGAUGCAAGGAGGAGACAGCUAUCCAGAUGGAGAAGAGGAGUGCUAUUCUCCAGGCUCUAGCGAGCGAGUGGGACAGGCGGACCAAACAAACAAUGGUCAGGAGCCAGCCACCAGCGGAACUGGGUCUGGAUCGGGCUCAGGGGGGGAGGAGGAGGAGGCCGAGGACCGGCGAGGAGGAGCCAGCGAAGGUGAGAGCUCGGCAGGGUGCGAGGAGAGCAGUGGAGAACGUUCCGGUGGCGAGCAGACGCAGGAUGAUGUAGAUAUGAACAGCGGUGACGACUCCAGUAGCGGUAAUGACCGCAUUGGUGGAUCACGACAUCAUCAUUCGUCCUCGGCCAAUUGCAGUCCUGGAAGUACCACAGGAUCAGGCAGCACCAAGAGCUCAAAAUCUGCUUCUGGUUCCUCGUCCUCCAGUUACCACAGCUCUCAUCGCAUGGAGUGCAGUGAGCAGACGGAACACUGCCGAGAGCAGACGCACAGAGAGAUGAUGCAGAUGGUGAAGGAGAUGAAGAAAAGGCUGCCAUCUGAGAAGAGAAGCCGCAGCAAAGCCAGUACUGUAGAAGCACUGAACUACGCUCUCAACUGUGUCAAACAAGUUCAAGCAAACAGCGAGUACUACAACUUACUAAUGAGCAGCGGUCUCGAGGAGAGACGAGACAUGACGGUGUGCAACUUAGAUGAGCUGGAGGGGAUUACAUCCGAACACACGCUGAAAAACACGGUACGUCCCUACUGCAUUUCCACCGAGUUUGUGCUGGUGUUCUCGCUGGCCUCUGGGAAGGUUGUGUACGCGUCGGAACAGGCCUACAGCGUGCUGCACUGCAAACGGAAGUUUCUGGAAUCUGCCAAGUUCGUGGAGCUGCUGUACCACCAGGACGUUAACGUGUUUUACUCGCACACGGCACAACCGUGCCUGCCACCCUGGAAUGUGGGCAGAGACAACACGCCGGUUCCAUUUAAAUGUGCCCAGGUCAAAUCCUUCUUUUGUCGGAUAAGGGGAGGGAAAGACAGAGAUGGAGAGAUUCGUUAUAUUCCUUUCCGGAUCACUCCAUACCUUCAGAAGGUUCAGGGGUCGUGCGUAGAGCCGGAGCCCUGCUGUCUGGCCCUCGCCGAACGCAUCAUCUCCGGAUACGAGGCCCCUCGUAUUCCCAUGGACAAGCGCAUAUUCAGCACGACACAUUCGCCUGGCUGUGUCUUUUUAGAAGUGGAUGACCGUGCUGUGCCUUUGCUCGGCUACCUUCCUCAGGACCUGAUUGGAACUUCAGUGUUGACCUGCCUCCAUCCAGAUGAUCGGCAUCUUAUGCUUUCCAUGCACCGCAAAAUUCUAAAGUAUGCGGGUAAGCCUCCAUUUGAGCACUCGCCCAUCCGGUUCCGGUGUCAGAACGGAGACUACAUCACCCUGGACUCCAGCUGGUCGAGCUUCAUCAACCCUUGGAGUCGCAAGGUGGCCUUCAUCAUUGGCAGGCACAAAGUUUGCUCUGUGCCUCUAAAUGAAGACGUUUUUGCUGCACGGAUUAAAGCAGAGCAACCGGGCAUGUGUGAGGAUGUUAAAGAGCUGCAGUCCAUGAUCUACAAGCUUUUCCUGCAGCCGGUUUAUAACAAUGGUUCCAGUGGUUAUGGCAGUAUGGGGAGUAACGGCUCUCAUGAGCAGUACAUCAGCGUUGCGUCCUCCAGCGACAGCAACGGAAACAUCUGGGAGGAUUCACACAGACCAAUGACAAUGCAGCAGUUCUGUGCUGAUGUUAAUAAAGUGAAAAACUGGGGCCAGUCAGCAUAUCUAGGCUCCCAGAGGAUGCUCACACCUUUAGGGCCACCCACUGCAGGCACUCAUCUGAACACUGGUCAGAGAAUGGGAAUCAGAGACCACUUUAAGAAGUCUCUGCAGGAAGCCAGAAAACAAUCACACAUUCCAUCCUACCAGCAAAUCAACUGUGUGGACAGUAUCAUCAGAUAUUUGGAAAGCUGUACAACAUCUGCUUUAAAACGCAAGAGCGAGUGUCUAUCCGUAUCUACCUCCUCAUCUUCCUCCAUGAUUGAAGAAGAUAAACCACGAGCAAACGCACAUGAAAAUGCUACAAACACAGAUGCAGAGACUGCACUAGAGGGCGCUGGACCUCCAGACAGACAGGUUUCGGCCAGUUUGGCAACAAGGGCAGCAGAGGUGGGAGACAUUAGGAUCCACACAGAAGCCAUGAGUGUCAUCAGUCAGUGCAGUUACAGCAGCACUAUAGUGCACGUACCUCAACCUGGCUCAGAGGUCAAUGCCUUAGAAGAUGCCCCAAUGGGCAGUGAGCCAACAGACUCCGCCCCCACACCUGCACGCCCCACCCCCAGCACAUGCUCGGCAGCUCAGGAGGAGUUACUCUUGGUGGGCCUCACAAAGGAGGUGCUGUCGGCCCACACCCAGAAAGAGGAGCAGCAAUUUGUGGACCGUUUUCGACACCGUAUCCUGCAGAGUCCCUACAGCUCCUACCUGGAACGGGACAACAGCAGCAUGGCCCACUCGCAUCACAUAGUUGAUGCUGUGCGACCACCGAACAAACGGCCGAAACCAGAGGACUCAUCGGACAGCUACGGCUCACAACCAGGCAACUACUGUUCACUUCCCAGGCCCACGGGCCUACUGCAUUCCUCAUGGCCUUCCUCAGAGUCCUCCCAACCCACUCCACCCAACACUGGCUAUGUUCCACCUGUGCAAAUGGCCCAGCAGCAAGGGAUCCAGCCUGACCAAGUUGUACAGCAACCCAUACAACCUGUUUCCCCCAUCAUGGUUGUUUUCCUUCCUAGCUACACCCCCUACCCUGGCAUGGUUCUGCCGGUUAUGCCCCCAACAGGACCCUGGUUCAUUCCUCAGCCCACUGUCUAUGUCCCACCUGGUGCCCCACUCAUGCCACAGGGUCCUCCUCCACAGGAGCCACCACCAAGGCUCUGGGACACAGGGGUUGGCGCUGCCCCAGUGGUCGAGGAGAAUCCCAACUCCUGGUGUGAGGAAGCUCAACCUACAGCGCUGUUCUCCAGUUCACGCUCCAGCUCGCCGAUCCAGCUGAACUUACUCCAGGAGGAGUUGACCAAACCAACAGAACCCCACACCAGCAACGGUCUGGAGAGUCUGCAUGAGCACCACGCCAAAGCGGAAGAUGCUCCAAGUGAGUCAGGUAACCAAGACGCUAAUUCUACCUCCAGCGAGAUGAUUGAUCAGAUGCUACAGGAGGAUGCCCAAUCAGGGACCGGCUCCAAUGCCUCAGGCAGUGGAUCUGGGGAGUCGGGAGGUUCUCUGGGUUCUGGGUCCGGACUCUGCUCGAACGGAACAUCCACUAGCCAUACUGGCAGCAGCAAGUACUUCGCCAGCAACGAUUCGUCGGAUACGUCGCGGAAGGCUCAGAAGACUGCCGAGGCCCAGGAAAAGGAGCGUACGACCUUUAAGAAACACGUGGACAACCCACUUUGGAGCAUAAUCAAACAAACUCCCAAACCCGUCAUGAUGACCUAUCAGAUCAGCCCCAGGGACCAGGCGCAGGUUCUGCAGGAAGAUCGGGAAAGGCUGCUUCUGAUGCAGCCCAUGCAGCCCUGGUUUACCCAGGAACAGCGGAAAGAGCUUGCUGAUGUUCAUCCCUGGGUCCAACAGCACGUGUUCCCACAGGAGAUCAACACUCAGGGUCGUGUGAGUUGUAACCCCUCCCCCAUGGCACCAGUUGAGGAGCUGACCAUCCAAACCGACGCACCAAACUCACCAACUCCUGAUAGUUUGUCAUCACAGGACAUUAGUCGCAGCACAGACACCUGACGGCGCUUAAGUUCAAGCACACACCAGCACCUCUUGCCCCUUGUGGCCAGGGACUGCAAAGCAAAGAAGGACUUCUAGCGGAUGACGAGUUGCGUGCAAGCGCCACCGUCGCAAUUCCGCCCAAAGGCACGAAACGUGGCAAGUCCUCUGCACUUGGAUCAAACCAUGUAUAGGUCAGACUGACCUCGUUAUUGUACAAAUCCACGAGUGCACUACGGUCGUCAUGUGACUAGCAGUAGUCCAAUACUUUCUCUUUACUCUUUUACUAACAGACCAUGGACCUCAAUAACUGUGAAUAUUUGACUUUAAUUUGCCAAUGAAGUCAUAUUCCUCCCGGUGUUCUUUCUUUUUUUUUCCUCUAUUUUUUUGUAGACUGUUGCCUGAGUGUAUUCUGAUGGAGUAGUUGCAACUCUGCCCAGUGUUUUUAGAAAAGUUUUGUUUAUUAAUGUCCUUUCCUCGACUAAAUCUUAAAAGAAAGGACUUGGUUUAUGAACCAGUACAUCUCCCAGAACUAACAGUUAUAGUUCUAUGUCUGACCACUUGCGUAGACAUGUUUGUAUGCUCUUAUGUCCCCAUAAUGUCUGUCCAAAGUGUCCCUCAGUGCCACUGUGCAGUCCUUAAAGACCACAAGCACUUACUGUCAAAACCAAGAAUAGACAAACAGAAUGAGAAUUGAAGAAUGAGAUUUACAGCUGCUUAUUUACAUUUUUUCAUCUCAAUUAGAUGUUGGUCUCCCAAGUUGGCCAAUUUUUUCUUUUAAAUAGUAGUAAAAUGAGGUGUCAAUUUAAGUUAUUUUGUUGAAAUGAGUCUUUAUUAAAUUUGUCCAGUCUGAAGUUUAAACUGGUCAUUUAAAUGAGGCCUUAAUUUGGUUUCUAACAGUGUGUUAGUUCAUUUUGUCUUCUCUCAAUUUAAAUAGUUUUACACUAUAUAUGUGACAAUAGAUGGAUGUUGAGCAAUGUAUUACUGUGGUAUAAGUCUCUACGUAAUGGUUGUAAUCUGUAGAUACAGACAUUGUUCUCUUGAAUCUAAAUUAGGAAAAUCUGUUAAGAACAUGUCUGGGUCAUAUUUCCCCCAAAAUCACAAGAAAUAAGAAAUUAUAUUUUGCUUACAGAAAAUGAAGCCUAUUUGUGGGACCAUUGAGAUUUUUUUACAUUGUGUGACAAUAUUGACAUUACAAUUAACCCCCUUAAAAAAAGGGGUGUGCUAUUUUGCGUAAAAGGUUUACUCUUAAAACGUUAAAGUCCCCGUAUACACAAGUCAGACAUGUGAGAUAGCAUUUGAAAGCUUAAAAUCUGAACUUUUCAGAGAAUACAAUUACUUCUGCUUUUAUGUUACAUAAAAUAACAAAAAAAAUGAAAUCACUAGCGCCUCCUAGGGGUAAUUUGGUAGAAAGUCUUUUGCAUAGCACUUAAAUGGACAAGUCAUAUUUUAAAUGAAAGCUUUCAUUCUCAGGAAUGUGACUACUAUUUAUUUAUUUAUUUAUUUUUCAUUUCCCUAAUACUACAGUUCAAAAGAUUUAUAAAAAAAUCACAAAGUGAAACCGAAGACAGGUAAUGUUUCCAAGGAGCCAAAAACUUUAUAUCUGCUCUUACCUUUUUCAAAACAUUUUUAAUUUUGUACUUUGUCUGUGAGCUUGCUUGGCUAAAUAAUGUUAUAUCUUAGAUGUCCAAAGAAAAUAUGAAGGCCAAGCAUGCUAAGCAAAUCAUUGUACAAAUAUUUUCGACUAUUGAUGAUAAAAUUGUAUACAUCAUCACAAAGGGGAGGGUCUCAGCUUUCUAAAGACACUUCAAUUGAAUUUCUAUUCAUUUCACAUUUCACAAGUCAUUAAAACACUUUUUUUUUUAACCACUCCACAGAUUUAAUAUAAGCAAACAAUAGUUUUGUCAAGUGAUUUAGGACAUCUACUUUGUGCAUGACAUGAGUAAUUUUUCCAACAAUUGUUUCCAGACAGAUUGUUUCACUUUUAAUUGACUAUAUCACAAUUCCAGUGGGUCAGAAGUUCACAUACACUAAGUUAACUGUGCCUUUAAGCAGCUUGGAAAAUUCCAGAAAACUGUCAAGCCUUUAGCCAAUUAGCUUCUGAUAGGAGGUGUACUGAAUUGGAGGUGUACCUGUGGGUGUAUUUUAAGGCCUACCUUCAAACUCUGUGCCUCUUUGCUUGACAUCAUGGGAAAAUAAAGAAACCAGCUAAGACCUAAAAACAAUUGUGGACCUCCACAAGUCUGGUUCAUCCUUGGGUGCCAUUUCCAAAUGCCUGAAGGUACAAGUUCAUCUGUACAAACAAUAGUACGCAAGUAUAAACACCAUGUUUUAUGGACCAUGCAUCCAUCAUAUCGCUCAGGAAGGAGAUGCAUUCUGUCUCCUAGAGAUGAACGUAGUUUGGUGCGAAAAGUGCAAAUCAACCCCAGAACAACAGCAAAGGAUCUUGUGAAGAUGCUGGAGUAAACAUGUAGACAAGUAUCUAUAUCCACAGUAAAACGAGUCCUAUAUAAAAAUAACCUGAAAGGCUGCUCAGCAGGCCACUGCUCCAAAACCACCAUAAAAAAAAGCCAGACUACAGUUUGCAAGUGCACAUGGGGACAAAGAUCUUGCUUUUUAUGUCCUUUUUGGCCAUAAUGACCAUUGUUAUGUUUGGAGGAGUGGCAGCAUCAUGUUGUGGGGGUGCUUUUCUGCAGUAGGGACUGGUGCACUUCACAAAAUAGAUGGCAUCAUGAAGAAGGAAAAUUAUGUGGAUAUAUUGAAGCAACAUCUCAAGACAUCAGCCAGGAAGUUAAAACUCUGUAAGCAAAUGGGUCUUUCAUAUGGACAAUGACCCCAAGCAUACUUUGCAUCUUUGGAGGCAAAAUUGUGGCAAAAUGGCUUAAAGACAACAAAGUCAAGGUAUUGGAGUGGCCAUCACAAAGCCCUGACCACAAUCUGAUUGAAAAUUUGUGGGCAGAACUGAAAAAGCAUGUACGAGCAAGAAGGCCUAAAAGCCUGACUCAGGUACACCAGUUCUGUCUGGAGGAAUGGGACAAAAUUCCAGCAACUUAUUUUGAGAAGCUUGUGGAAGGAUACCCAAAACAUUUGACCCAAUUCAAACAAUUUAAAGGUAAUGCUACCAAAUACUAACAGUCUAUGUAAACCUCUGACCCACUGGGAAAGUGAUGAAAGUUAUAAAAGCUGAAAUAUAUAAUUCUCUCUACUAUUAUUCUGACACUUCACAUUCUUAAAAUAAAGUAGAGAUCCUAACUAAGACAGGGAAUGUUUUCUAUGAAUAAAUCCGGAGUUGAAAUGUAUUUGGCUAAGGUGUAUGUAAACUUCUGAUUUCAACUGUGUAUGUGUGUGUGUGUGUGUGUGUGUGUGUGUGUGUGUAUAUAUAUAUAUAUAUAUAUAUAUAUAUAUAUAUAUAUAUAUAUA